ACACACAAUCACAAAAGCCAGCCAGCCAACCACGAAGCUCUUUCAGAGGUUUCCAUUCGACGAAACGUUUCGCCAAUGACGGUGUUUCGAAACUCGAGCGCGGUACCCCUCUCUGGCAAAGCGCACGUGUUUCCGGUCGACUACGAGGCCGAGGUUUCGCAGCGCCUGGUGGACGCUUCGCACGACAACGAUUUGAAGUCGGCGUGCGAGUGUUUGGGCGAUCCUUUCGUGGACGUCAACUUCGUCGGGACAGUGUGCUUGAAGUCCAAGAAGACAGAGAUUGUGGUGCAGGGCGAGUCGGCGCACGAGGUUCGUGUCGAGUACGAGGAGUUCAAGACGCAGGUCACUGCUUUGUUUCUCGCCGCUCAUUCUGGAAAUUUGACGCUUGUUAGGAAGCUCCUGGGUUAUGGAGCCAAUGUGAAUCAGAAACUGUUUCGAGGCUAUGCAACAACAGCAGCAGUAAGAGAAGGCGACUUGGAGAUAUUGGAGGUGCUUAUCAAUGGCGGGGCAUCUCAGCAGGCAUGUGAGGAGGCUUUGUUGGAGGCAAGCUACUUGGGCAGGGCUAGGCCUGCCGAGAUGCUCAUGGGAUCCGAUUUGAUCCGCCCUCAAGCUGCAGUACACGCUCUUGUAUCUGCUUGCUGCAGAGGCUUUGUCCAUGUAGUUGACACACUCAUCAAGUGUGGGGUGGAUGCCGAUGCAACUGAUCGAGCACUGCUUCAAUCUUGUAGGCCAUCUCUGUACACCAAUGUUCACUGUAAUGCGCUUGUUGCUGCCGUUGUUAGCCGGCAGAUUUCUGUUGUCAGACUCUUGUUGCAGGCUGGAGUCAGAACAGAUAUAAAAGUUAGUCUGGGGGGCUGGUCCUGGGAUGUAAGUACCGGGGAAGAAUUUCGGGUGGGUGCAGGACUAGCUGAGGCAUACAGUGUGACCUGGUGUGCUGUGGAGUACUUUGAAGCCAGUGGUGCUAUCUUGCGCUUGCUCUUGCAACACCUCUCCCCUAACAUUCCUCACUUUGGGAGGACUCUCAUUCACCAUGCCAUCUUAUGUAACAAUGAAAGAGCAGUAGAUGUGCUUUUGAAUUGUGGCGCGGAUGUGGAAGUUCCGAUUAAGACGACAACUUCAAAAACUGACCGCCCCAUUCACUUGGCUUCACGGCUUGGAUUACCUGCAGUUCUGCAACGACUGAUUAAUGAUGGCUGUGAUGUAAACUCUCAAACAGGAUCGGGAGAAACUGCACUAAUGAUCUGUGCUAGAUAUAAGCAUCAGGAAUGCCUCAAAAUUUUGGCUGCAGAUGGUGCUGAUUUUGGCCUGAUCAAUUCUUCUGGUCAUGGUGCAAGCUCAAUUGCAGAGUCAGCUAGGUGGGCUCUUGGCUUCCGACAAGCAGUUUUAGACGUGAUUCAAUCUGGGAAGGAUGUUCAAUCAAGCAAUACAUCAAUAUUCUCUCCUCUAAUGUUUGUGACUCGAGCAAAUGAUGUUGAGGCUUUGAAGAAACUAAUUGAGGGAGCAGACGUUGAUCUCGAUGAGCAAGAUGAAAAUGGAAACUCAGCUGUCAUGAUAGCUGCAGCAGGUGGUUACCUGGAAGCUUUGAAAUUGCUUAUCCAUGCUGGGGCUGACAUGAACCUAGAGAACAAACAUGGUCAGAACAUAAAGGAACUAUUAGAAAUAAAUCAAAACGGUGCAGAAUUUGAAAAAUUAAUGGUUAAACAUGCACCUCAAAAGAAAUUUGAUAGUCCGGUUGCGUUUUACACUCUACACCAGGCAGCACAGCAUGGAGACUUUGAUUUUGUUCAUACAUUGAUAAGCAGAGGGCUAGAUAUUAAUGCUCCUGAUGCUGAUGGAUAUACUCCAUUGAUGUUAGCAGCAAGAGGAGGCCAUGCUAUGGUCUGCGGGCUUUUGAUUUCUUUCGAGGCUAGAUGUGACAUUGUGAAUGCAAGACAUGAGACGGCACUUUUGCUUGCAAGGAAAAGUGGAACUGGGAAGGAUGCAGAGAAUGUGAUAUUGGAUGAGCUUGCAAGAAAACUUGUGUUGGGUGGAACUCAUGUAAAGAAGCACACAAAGUGCGGGAAAGGAGCUCCCCAUAGAAAAGUCUUGAAAAUGGUGGGGGGUGUUGGGAUUUUGCAGUGGGGGAAGUCAAGUAAGAGAAAGGUGAUUUGCAAGAAGGCCGAGGUUGGGGCUAGUGAUUCGUUUCGAUGGAAUCGUAGGAGGAAAUUCGAUACUGAUGAGCCUGGACUCUUCCAUGUGGUGACCACAAAGAACAAGGAGCUGCAUUUUGUGUGUGAAAAUGGGAUUGAAAUGGCUCAGUUGUGGGUGAGAGGGAUCAAGCUUGUGACAAUGAAAGCUGUUUUUGGAAACUGGCAAGAAUGAAUGAAUGAAGCUGUGCAUGGGAGAGUCUUGUUCAAUUGAAGCAGUUUUUUUAUGCUUUUGUUCAUCUCAUUGUACUUGUUUGUUGUAUUUCUUAUCCUU